AUGCCACCGCUUGUCAUACAAUGGCGUUCUCCUCACAACCCAUCAGAUAUCUCUCCUGGUUCAAGAGCUUUGGAUUUUUAUUUUCUGAAGACUUCCGCUUUACAUUUUCUUGGGCUUCUUAGAGAAUCAAAUACUACCCUUGGAUUUAAUCAUAUAUACGCUAUUAAUCAACCCGAUCGGAAAGAUAGACGUGAGAAGUUGGAUACCCUAUCGACUAGACUAUUUUUUGAUUUAGAAAUUUUCGAUGCCGUUUCUGAAAAUGAUAAUGAAAAGCUUAAUGAAUUUAGUCCGAAGAGCAAACUGAAGCCAUCUGAAAAGGCAGUUUAUAUUGAUCAUUAUACCAUUUAUAAAUCAAUUAUUGAUAAUAAUUAUGGUAGUGCAUUAAUUUUAGAAGAUGAUAUAGAUAUUGAGCUUAACAUCUCACCGAUUAUGACAGAUGUACAUCAAAGUUUACCCUCCGAUUGGGAAAUGUUAUAUCUUGGACACUGUAACAAUCUAGAAGGAAAAUCUAGCGAACCUAUAAUAGUGAGCAAUAGGGGUAAUAAUAGUUCAUCUUAUAAAAUAUUUAAAUCUGAGAAACCAUAUUGUACAUAUGCUUAUGCGGUUUCACGAGCUGGUGCCCUUAAGCUAUUAGAAACAGUUGGUAAACCGACAAAACUUCCACUUGACCAAGAGCUUAUUAAUAUGAUACAGAAAGGAACAAUCAAAUCAUAUACUUUAAUACCACCGAUUAUCGUACAUUGGCAUUUUCCUAAUGAAUCACCCAAAGAUAAAUCUUCAAAUGACCAAACUUCUGAUUUUUAUACUUUGAAAAACUCUACUAUAAAAUUUAUAGGCUAA